ACAUGUCAGCUGUUCCUCAGCUGAUCGGAAGUGUAACCGAUAGUCGCUUGUUUGAUCAAACCUAUAACGGAAAGCCAUGGCUGAGGCCAUAGCAGAUACGAGAAGGCUGUAUACUAAACCACAGAACCUGAACGAUGCGUAUGGGCCACCGAGUAACUUUCUAGAGAUUGAUGUUUCCAACCCCGAGACGGUUGGCGUCGGUCGGAACAGGUUUACGACAUAUGAGAUCAGACUGAAGACAAACCUCCCCAUCUUCAAGCUGAAGGAGUCGCGUGUCCGGAGGAGAUACAGCGACUUUGAAUGGUUGAGAGGAGAGCUGGAGAGAGAAAGCAAGGUGGUAGUUCCUCCUCUUCCUGGAAAGGCUUUGAUCAGGCAGCUCCCAUUCCGUGGGGAUGAUGGUAUAUUUGAUGACUCUUUUAUCGAAGAACGGCGGCAAGGCCUAGAACAUUUCCUCAACAAAGUGGCUGGUCAUCCAUUGGCCCAAAAUGAGCGCUGCCUGCACAUCUUCCUACAGGAGGAGUCGGUGGAUAAAAACUACACCCCUUCCAAAAUUAGACAAGCCUGAAAUGGUCUGGACUCUACACGCACAAAACACAAAAACAUGGCCCACAAGCAAUAAGAAAUGUUUGAAUCAUUCUUAACUGGAACACAAUCUUAGCAUGAACCAUAGGGGGUCCAAAACAUUUACGAAGUUAUUGAAAACGUUCUUUACAACGUUCUCUCUUUUUGCUCUGAUUUAUAAAUCCAUAAUGUUAAUAUUACCACUUAAAGUCAGAUCAGAAACGUUCUUGUGUAUAUCAUUGUGGUUAACAGUUAUUUAUGGUAGUUUUGUCUCUGAGCACCACUAACUUCAAUUAUUAUAUCCAACGAAACGAACCAAAUAACUAUAUCACAAUUAUGCAAGCACUAUAUCACACACAUUGGCUUCCCUGUGUUAUCGUUACUGCCUAUUUGUGUUGCUUUUAAUGCUGAAGAACAUGUACAGCAGCUCACUGCGCAGGAUGCACUUAUUUGGGAACCUCCUUUAUACGUGGUGGUUGAUCGCGUGCCGUGUGUCCCACUUAGCUGUAGACAAGCCUGUUUUUACUGUGUAAUGGCGGUACACAGAAACAAAGAGAACGUGCUGCCUACAAUGCAUGUUUCCAGAUUUGUAUACUGCUGUGCCAUUGUUUUGUUUAUGAGAAUUUUCCAAUAAAACAGAUCAAAUACA